ACAUAUUUUGUGUUUAUUGUUGUUAUCAUGGCUCAAACUCGUGUCGUUGUAUAUGUGUCUAGGAAUAAUGAAAUUAACGAGUCAGCCAAUAACAGAUAUUCAGAGCAAUUUGGCGGCGAAGUUUCUAUACUGGAUGAGAAAACUUUGCGUUUAUUGUGCUGUCAAAAUGCCUCCAAGCCGCAUGUAAUGGUGGCACAAAAGCUUCGUUUCGAUGCCAUUUUUGCUAAUAACUUUGAGCAUCAAAACGAACGAGAACUGAACACGCUUCUGCAGAGAUUGCUUGUGGAGCAGCGGGACUGUAUGCUAAUGCAUCUCUCUGGACAGCGUGGCAACCAACUGAUGUUUCUGAUUGAUGCAUUCAUCGUGCAACUGAAUGUUAAGCUUCAGCAACUUGGCUUGCGGCUGGAGCACGGUCAUGUCCGCUACACUCACCUGGCGGAGGAUGCGACAGCAACAGGUCUCGACGCGGAAUACACUUUCAAUGAUACAUGCCAUUUAAUGAAUUGGCUGUUGGGCGAAUAUCGGAUGCGUUCAGCCUUGGCUAAGGGGCACGAGGCGCUGGUAGUUGAAUACACGGUAGUGUCUCAAAAGCAACCUGCACAUUGGUUUAGCGUCAAGUUUCACAUCGUUCUAGUGGCCAUGGAGCAGUUUUGCUUGGGAACACUCUGCGGUCUACGCUGCUAUUUUAGCAAUGAUUUAAUAACAGCGGCGUUGUCCAUAACAGAACUCACUUCAUAUAUGCGACAAGCUGCAGAUCAGGCUAUGACCAAACCCUUGCAUAUGCUGGUCUUAUGUCAUGUGCGAACUUCUGGCUGCACCUCUCGCAUUGAUGGUCAGCAAGUGCAGCUGCUGGGCCUGGCUCAGUUGGCCUGCCAACAAGGCGAUUGCAGUCCGCAGCCUUCUACAACUACAACAGCGGAACCUACAACUACGUCAGGUGAAGGUGAUGCUAACAACAAUUUGUUGACUCCCACACAAUUCGAACUGUGCCACCAGCAACUGAAGGAAUGCUUCAAGCUAGUGCACAACAGUCUGCUGCAAGUGCAGAAUUUGAAGCACACGCGUCAACUUGCAGAUACACAAUUGUCCAAUUUGGUAAAGAUUCUAUUGGCUUCCGAAACCAAAUUGUUGCAGUCCAUGUCACAGACUUACACUCGGCUGCAAAACUAAUAUUUUAUUCGAAUUUCUAUAUGUGCAGACU